CGAGUGCCACAUCACCUUCAGCGACCCCAAAGGCCAGGAGCGCCACCUGAAGAAGCGUCACCCUGCGGAGUACGAGCUCCACGUGCUGGGCGGCUCUCUCUUCACGUGCUACGUGUGCGACCGCGCCUUCCCCUCCUCGCGGGAGCUGCUGACCCACCAGCGGGGCCACACCGAGGAGAGGCCCUUCCAGUGCCCGGUGUGCGGGGCCAGAUUCGGACGCUCCUCCGAGCUGACCGCCCACAAGAGGACCCACUUCGGGGAGCUGGGCUAUGCGUGCGCGGAGUGCGGCAAGCCGUGCAAGACGCUGACGCUGCUCAAGUACCAUCGGCGCACGCACACCGGGGAGAGGCCCUACCUGUGCCUGCAGUGCAACAAGAGCUUCAGCCAGUCCUCCACAAUGCAGCGCCAUCUGCAGUCUCACGCGGAGGAGCAGGGGGCAGGGGGGCAGAGCGGCAAGGAGAAGCCGCAGAAGCGGAAGAGGAAGAGGAAGAAGGGGGAGGAGGAGGAGGAGGAGGAGAGAGCUGUCCCCACUGCCGGUCUGGAGGGUAGUCUGGCCCAGUGCUUCCAGUGCUCCCAGUGCCUGCUCGCUUUCUUGGACCCGCAGACGGCCGAGCAGCACGUGAAGAGUCAGCACCCCGAGGUGGCGCACCCGCCCGGCUCCCCCCAGCACAGUCAGGGCAGCCUGCCCCCCUGUGGAGAGCAGGGGCACUGCGUCGGGCUGGAGUCAGGGGGAGGGGAGGAGGGAGAGAUGCAGGCUGCUGUGACGGAUGAAAGCCAGCCCUCCAGCAGCAGUACAGUCUGCCCCCUUCAGCGCCAGCCCUGUGACCUCUGCCUGAACCACGAGCCCCCCUCACACUGCAGCCCGGACUCCCUGACCGAGCCUGACACCCCCCUCCCCCUGGCCCUCGACCUCGCCCCGAGCCGGGAGACGAGUCGCAGGUUCUUCUGCCAGGUUUGCGGGGAGCGCUUUUACCAGGAGCCCAGUCUCCAGCAGCACCAGCUCAGCAACCAGCACUGGACCGAGCCAGGCCAGAACCAGGGCGGGGGGGCGGCAUCAGGAGAAGGGGGGCCCCUCUCUGAACUCUUACUGCAGGGCUGCCUGGAGGAAAGUCUGGGAGGGAACCGAACCAGUGGUGGUGCGGACGGGUCGGGGUUCGAGGGGAGAGGAGCGGAGACCGAGGAGGGGUGGGGGGAGGACCGCCCGCACGGACUGGGAGAGGCGAUGGGAAUACUGGAGAGGGGUCUGCAACUGGGGUCCGCUGAGGAGGGAGGAGGAGGAGGGCGGCUACAGGGAGCGCGGAUUCAGGGAGCCGAGUUGAGGGAGUCGGGAGGGGGUGCGUCUGAGCGAGGGGCCAGGGGGGAGGCAGCCAGCGAGGGGUUGAAGCAAGAAGGGGAGCGGGAGGAGGGAGAGACCCCAGACCCGGGACUGGAGGGGUGUCUGGAGGGCCAGCCUAGCAUUGUACCCCAGGGAUUAGCUUGCGAUCUGGGCGUGGAGGCAGCGAGGCGUGCCGUGAUGAAAGAGGAGGGGGGGGGCGACCAGCAGCCCAUCUACUGCGAGAUCCUGCCCACGUCCGAGCCCUCCUGCCUGGGGAGCGGCGAGCCGGAGGAAGGGGCCGCGGAGGUGAAGGAAGAGGGGACCCCCGAGCUGGGGGAAGGCUGCUUCUAUUUGGGGACCCCUGAACUCCGCUUCUUCCACCUCCCGGAUCUGCAGGAGCAGCACGGCAGCAUGGCGGGGGCGGAAUGGGGCGCGGCAGACAGUGGGGCUGGGUUCGGGAGGAGACACCGGCCUGGGAGAGGAGCCCGGGGAGAGGGGGAAGGGGAGGGGGUCGCCCUCGUGGUUUUAAGACAGGACGAAUCAGAUUCAGCCCUCAGGAGACUCCGCAGAGAGGGAGAGCCUCCUCGGAUCAAAGAGGAGGAGGAGGAGGAGGAGGAAGGUGUUUUUUUCAGCCUUUCCAGCGUUCUGGAGCAUGGGCGGGAAAACCAGCCACGCCCGCUCCGAGGGAGCCUGACGCGGACCCUGGACCCCGAGCCGGGCGCCCCCUCCCAAGGGCGGCCCCUGGAGGUGGAGGAGGGGAGGGGCGGGCUGAUCAAGCAGGAGGAGCAGCAGCAGCAGGAGGAUGAAGAGGAGAGCGUAGGAUUGCUGGGGAGCUUCUUCCCUUCAUCCUCCUCCUCCUCCUCCAGCCUGCAGCUGAUGAACCACCACCGGCUGAUGCACAUGCUGCCCGGACCUGCUGGGGGAGAAGGGGAGGAGGGGGAUGGGGGGGAGCUAGGGAUGGUGGUGAGUGUUUUCCAGUUGAAAGAGGAGGAGGAGCUGGCCCCAGAUGCUGUGACGACUCUGGGGACCCCAGGACUGCACUGCCCCCUGCCCGUGUCGGAGAACUCCUCCAGUCUGGGGAGCGCUCUGCUGGAGGGGAGCCGGGGGGCUGAUUCGGGGUGCGUGGAGCUGAGCGGCGGCUCGACAGGGGAGGCGCGGGAGAGCGGGCGGGGCGUUGUGCAGAUGGAGGGAAGUCUGGUGCUGCUGGGCUCGACGACCGACCACCUUCUCCUUUCUCCGUCUGGUCCUUCCGCCUCUUCGGCGAGGGCACUGCCACUUACACCCCACCCGACCCCUGCCCCUGUCUGGGAAACUGACAGACCUCACUCCCAAGCGCCCGACCAAAGGCGAGGGCGAUGA